AACAUUCACUCCAACGGGACACGAAACAACCGUGUCAAUAUAAAACUAACGCACCAAGAUGUAAAUUAUGAAGGCUUUAAUUGAGUGCAAAGAGACUUCAACGUCAUGCUGUUACUCGUAAGCACGUAAUGGUCCAGGUAUAUGCUAAUUUCUUACAUACGUGUAUGUUAGAUCACAUUAAAUACACAUAUAAAGCCAGUUAUAAUGUUGGAUAUACAAAAUAUACAAGUAAUGCAAUUAAAAAAUUAAGUGCUUUUGCAAAGAGGCAGUGACGUCAAAGUCAUGUGGCAUCUUCAGCCAAUUUCCGUGAUAAUUUUUUUUCUACUUCUAAGCGCUUGUUGCCUCCGUUCUUCAACGUCAUACUCGAGAGUUCAGUGCGGAAACGAGCCGAAGAAAUGGCGAAUCGAGAGGUGCAAAGUGGGAUUUUUUCGAGUGAAAUACGAAUCCAAAACAAAGAAAACGAACAAAUUAUUAUAUCGGAAGCUCAGUUAAGUAAAGUCCUGAACAGGCAAUUGGAACGUCAUAUUAUAUAUUUUGAAAAUUCGAAAGUACUGUUUAUGCCUUAUCCAAUCGAGACCAUCAGACAAUUUGUUACGUAUGUAAAGACGGACGAUCCCGGAUUGUUUUCUUUUACACACGCUUUCAAUCUGUAUCAUCUGAGUUUAAGAUACGAGUUAGAGUAUUUACGAAGGAAAUGCAGAUCAUUUAUCAUUCGGGAAAUAAAUCUUAAUACCGUCUGUUCAAUUCACGAUUUUGCACGUGGAAUCGGUGAUCUGGUCAUAACUUAUUAUUGCUGGAUAGCUUUCGACCAACACGGAGGAAGACUACUUUCAACAGUCGACUUUAUGUGUUGUAAAAUCGCAACAAUUGAUAGACUGCUAUCUCGACCGAUAUAUGAAUCUGUCAGUGAAUCGUUUUUACUACACGCCGUGUAUCAGUGGAGCAUAGAAGAAGUUAAAAGAAAACAGGGUGCAGACAACUUUCAUUCCAUGAAUGAAAAAUCGAAAAGGACUGCAAUAAGAAAUGUUAUGGAGCCAUUUAUUGAAAAAGUCAGAUUUCUUGCCAUGAAUGAAUACGAAUUGAAACAUUUUGUUUUUAAAAUGAACUUGUUAAGCGAAGUAGAAAAGAGUCAUAUCUGGCAUGCUUUUAAGACUGGUAAUUACUCCUUUUAUCUCAGUUACUUCAGUCGAGAAACAAAAACAAGAAGCAGAAUAAAUUAUUUUAACUUGUUCACGUAUAUAAAUCGUGGAAAUCCUUUUAUUGUCAUAAACAGAAAGACGAAAGAUUACAUAUAUUUUAGCAGCGAAGUAGUUGUGAGGGAAGAUUGUUACGUCACGACUCUUCGAUUUCCAAUAAAGCUACGCGAAAGUUUUCCAAUGCACGUAUACGGGUAUAUUAACGAUUUGGACUACGGACAGUUUUCGUUAAACACUGUUUGCGAUAAAGACGGAGUAGCAUAUCUGCAAACAUUUCUCUAUCUAAAAAAAUCUUGGUCAAUUCGUUUAUUUGCUUUCUUUUUCAGCGCUGAAAAUGUCGAACCCGAUAUCGAGUUUUCACCUGAACUGAGUUACUUCGUGAGCGACGAAGGAACAGAUGCCAGGAAAUUUGAAGACAAAUUUCUAACCUGUGACAGAAACCUUAUGAAUAAUAUUUACUUUUCGGUUGAUUCAUAUUUUUGAAGUUUCCCUGGAAAACCGCGAAAUCUAAACGAGAAUAUAAUGUAAAGUUAAUUCGAAUAUGAUUAUUUCUUACUGUAUCACUGUGUUAUUUCUGCAAAAU